UACUACCCAGGAACCAAAAAAAAAAAAAAAAAAAUUUGUUACAUGGUGUAAUGGCCCUUGUUAAAGGCGGUAAAGAAGCUGGUAAUUCUAGAAGUGUUAAGCUUGCCAGUAUGCCUGCAAUUUCAGCGACCAUCAGAGCAACUUAUAUACACCACUGCACGUACUUUGCAGCUGUUGAAUUUUCCAUGCACUAGAGCUAAGCUAGACCUUUUAUAAGACAAGACUGUUAUAGCCAUGAAAUGAAGUCAGUUAUUUACAACUGAGUAAAAUGAUUGUAUUUGUUUUUUUAAAGAACUCAAAGCAAUAUAUAUAAUACAUAAUACAAAAUAUAUAAUACAUACAUACACAUCUAUUAAUCAAGAGGCAUUUAUUUCAUUAACCAUUUUCAGAAUUGUAUGCAAUGUUAUUUUAAGUGCCUCCCUUUGCUAUGUGCGGGACAGAGUUAAUUGAGAAUCUAAAAUGCUUGGUGUAAAGGAAACUGUUAUUAUCAAACAGGGGAAGGCUAUUAAACUAGAGUAUCUGUGUUCAGUAGGUGUGACCUGAAUCCCCAGCUUUGGAAGCUUCGAAAGCAUAAAGCAAAGCUCUCCAUUGUGCUCUGAUAAAAUACUGUGCUAUGCAGCGAGGGGAAGUUCUCUUUAAAUCAGUGUGACAGUAGUGGUAUACUUCACUAUACAAACUGCCUUCCAACUUCCCAUAUUGUUACAGUUUUGAUUAAAAUGAAUAUUUUAAGAAUGGGAGUAGUCUUUAAAAAAAAAAAAAAAAAAAGUACAUUAUCAUUCCUUUAAAUAAUAAAAUGUACCGUACUUGCAUAACUUCAGUCAUUAUAAAUCAACGUGAAAAACUAACACAAGUUAUAGCUGGAGCUACUGAGACACAAGAUGUAACCUGAUCUUGUCUGUAUAGCGGACUGUGCCCUGUUUCAGCUGAGCGUAUGUCAGUCCUUUGCUAAAUUAAUGCAAGCUGGUUGCUUUGUGUUAAUAACCCCCAUGCCCCCUCUACCCAAACAAAUGUCUUGAGUUGUAAAGUAGCAGCUGAUUGGGUGGAACUUGGGUAGCAACAGGAUACAGUAGUUGUAGCUGGAUUUCAUAGUCCCAGGAUUGAACUGUCAGAGAGAGGAGACACCAGAGGAGAAAGGGUACUGCACUUGCUGUACUGUACUAAACUUUCAUUUUUUGUGCUUAAUGAACACAAGAUUGAGAUGACAGAGGAAGCAGAGAUGGACUUAACAACUAGUGACCUGUGUAUCAGUGCGUACCCAGUAGAUACCACCGGAAUGGACAUCACCAGCCGAUGCACCCUUGGAGACCCCAACAAGCUCCCGGAGGGAGUGCCACAGCCGGCGAGAAUGCCCUAUGUGUCAGACAAGCACCCACGGCAGACUCUGGAAGUUAUCAACCUGCUGCGCAAACACCGGGAGCUAUGUGACGUGGUCCUGGUGGUGGGCACCAAAAAGAUCUAUGCCCACCGUGUAAUCCUGUCGGCCUGCAGCCCUUACUUUCGUGCCAUGUUUACAGGUGAGCUAGCUGAGAGCCGGCAGACGGAGGUGGUGAUCCGUGAUAUUGAUGAGCGUGCCAUGGAGCUCCUCAUCGACUUCGCCUACACCUCACAGGUCACUGUCGAGGAGGGAAACGUGCAAACCCUGCUCCCUGCUGCCUGCCUUCUGCAGUUGGCUGAAAUCCAGGAGGCCUGCUGCGAGUUCCUCAAACGGCAGCUAGACCCGUCCAACUGCCUGGGCAUCCGAGCCUUCGCUGACACCCACUCCUGCCGUGAGCUGCUUAGGAUCGCAGACAAGUUUACUCAGCACAACUUCCAGGAGGUAAUGGAGAGUGAGGAGUUUAUGUUGCUGCCAUCCAACCAACUGAUCGAUAUUAUUUCGAGUGACGAGCUAAAUGUGCGCAGUGAGGAGCAGGUGUUCAGCGCAGUGAUGGCUUGGGUGAAAUACAGCAUUCAGGAGAGGCGCCCCCAGCUACCACAGGUGCUGCAGCAUGUUCGAUUACCACUCCUAAGCCCGAAGUUCUUAGUUGGGACAGUGGGAUCGGAUCCCCUUAUAAAGAGUGAUGAGGAGUGCAGAGACCUGGUUGAUGAAGCCAAGAACUACCUGCUCCUACCUCAAGAACGCCCCUUAAUGCAGGGACCAAGAACGCGCCCACGAAAGCCCAUCCGCUGUGGAGAGGUUCUUUUUGCAGUUGGAGGCUGGUGCAGUGGGGAUGCAAUUUCCAGUGUGGAGCGGUAUGACCCCCAAACAAACGAAUGGCGCAUGGUGGCUUCGAUGAGCAAGAGACGCUGUGGGGUUGGUGUGAGCGUCCUGGAUGAUCUCUUGUAUGCAGUAGGAGGACAUGACGGCUCUUCGUAUCUUAACAGUGUAGAAAGGUACGAUCCCAAGACAAACCAAUGGAGCAGUGAUGUGGCCCCCACAAGCACCUGCAGGACCAGCGUUGGAGUGGCUGUCCUCGGAGGAUAUCUGUAUGCAGUGGGGGGGCAGGACGGGGUCUCCUGUCUCAACAUUGUUGAAAGGUAUGACCCUAAGGAGAACAAGUGGACACGGGUUGCCUCAAUGAGUACCAGACGUCUGGGAGUGGCAGUUGCAGUGUUAGGAGGGUUCCUGUAUGCAGUAGGGGGGUCAGACGGGACAUCCCCUCUCAAUACAGUUGAGCGCUACAACCCUCAAGAGAACCGUUGGCACACUGUGGCGCCAAUGGGAACCCGUCGUAAGCAUCUGGGCUGUGCAGUGUACCAGGACAUGAUCUACUCUGUUGGAGGACGAGAUGACACCACGGAGCUCAGCAGCGCAGAGAGAUACAACCCCAGAACCAACCAGUGGUCUCCUGUGGUGGCCAUGACAUCAAGGAGGAGUGGGGUUGGUUUAGCUGUAGUAAAUGGACAGUUAAUGGCAGUUGGAGGCUUUGAUGGUACAACAUACCUGAAAACCAUUGAGGUGUAUGAUCCUGAUGCUAAUACAUGGAGGCUUUAUGGUGGAAUGAACUAUCGCAGGCUUGGUGGAGGAGUAGGGGUAAUUAAAAUGACUCACUGUGAAUCUCAUAUAUGGUAACCCUUGUGCCUCCAUGUCUUGAGCUGCUUAUCAGACUUGUUAAUCACCUGUAUAAUAGAUUAUAAUAAUAUAUAUAUAUAUAUAUAUAUAUAUAUAUAUAUAUAUAUAUAUAUAUAUAUAUAUACACACACACAAAAAUGUAAAAACAUGCAACUGACACCUGGAUUUAUAGCUGGAUGAUCCCUGCAGUGCAAGAUGUCCAAGUGAUCCAUCCUUGGAGUUCCUAUGCAGCUUUUAUUGACAGGAGUGCACCAUUGACUGUGUUUUAGUGCCUAUAGUGAUGUCAGAUUGCAGAAAUUAUGUUUUCAUUUUGGAUGCAUUACCUGGCAAAGGACUGAAGACUUUACGAACAGCAGUUCCCAGAUAGGGACAGUAUUUAUUUUUAUGCAUUUAGACUUUAGAUGCAUUCUAAACCUAUCCAGUGCUAUACGGUUGAAUGCCAACGUUAAGAAAAUCAGGAUAUUUUCUGAAGACAAAGUCAUCACUCCUUACAUACAGUGGAUUCACCUUUCAUGAGGCUGCCAAGGACUUGUCCUCUUUGCCAAGUGAAAAAGCAAUAUCGGUUAACUGAAGUCAUUCAGCAAGAGCAUUUUAUGCAAUGAUUAAAUUGUUUGAAGUGUCAGUGAAUAUGGGUUGUUCCCUUAAUUCUUGAAGGAAUAUCAUCUCAAAUGGGGCCUGGCCUUUUAGAAUGCCUACUAGUUACAUUAACCAGCUUAAACCUGCCAUGCUUCAUAUAAAAUAUAUGUGUGUGGGGGUGGGGUGAGGGGAAUUGUCUAAUGGUUAUUCUUUAAUUUGAUCAUGUCUUUUCUAUUGUAUUUUUUUUUUUUUUUUUUUUUGGAUUAUCAACAUACAAGACACUGCUUACUAAAAUAUGUAGAAAAUUAUUCAUACUCAAAUAGACAGGGUACUGUUUAGGCAGUAUCCUUGAUCUCUUAAAUGGAAUUUUUUUUCCCAGCUUUCAAUUUCUAAUGUACACUGCUUUUGAAGUCUUCUAAUUGCAACUUAACUGUCUAUCCUGUAUUGGAUAUGUUCCCAAAUUGAAAGAUAGUUGGUGUCCAAGGAUCAGCACAUUAUAUGUUUUUUUGGCUAGAGGACUGUAAAGUAUAAAAGCUUUGAGAAGUGAAACUAGUACCACAUACAUGCCAAAAUCAGUAUUAAAACCAGUACUAUUUGUUACUCAUUGUUAAAGAUGAUGCAUUUAAAAUUUCCAGGUAGGAAAGACUGUAUAACAGUACACAAAAUCCAUUAAGAUGCCCCUAUUUAUGUUUGCAUAUUACUCAUUGGAAGAUUCCUAUUAUAGAUGUAUGAAGUGCUCUGUGAGCUGGGAGGAUAUAGCAUAGUUGCAUACUGAUAAAAUGUUUAAAUGACAGUCAAUAUUUUUGCUGAUACUACACCAUGCAUGACACUGUCAUAUAAUGUUUUACUGAGACAUUCACAAUGUAGUGAAUGUUACUAGACUGCUAAUGAGGAUGCAGGAUUUUACCUGGACUAGAAGGACAUAGUACAUUUUAGAUUUAUACUGGACAUGUAUAUUUUGGAUUUAAAUUAAGACAGGACUCUCUUACAAAAAAGUAGUCAUUUCAUUAUCAGCUAUUCUUUAUAAUUGUAAACUGUUGGUAUCAGCAAUGUUUGAUUUGUUUCUCAGUGGUGAAAACAGCAUAAUUGAAUAUCAGUAUCCAGAGAACAGUUAUGCACUUUGAACCACUUGCUCACUUUUAGGGAUUUAAGGGUUUGUUAGAUUUAAGUCAAGUAGUCUUUAGUUUCAUUUGAUUCAACAUUGAUGGCUUUUGAUAUAACUACAUAGAAACUAUACAGCAGACUGGAAGGUAUGGUCAGAGAUACAAAGUAAAACUUGUUCCUACUAUUUAGGACUAGGUACUCUAAUUUGUUUGCUAUUUUCUUUUUGCUGCUUUUGUCCAGAUGAAGGAGAACAAAUAAGUUGGGCCAGGGUCACAUAAUGGAUCUGUGGUUAUACAGGGUUCAAACCUAUGAUCUGAAGGGUUGUUUUUUUGAUGAACCCAAGUAGCUCUUAAAUGUUGUGAAUCUCAUCCAUAAAUGCAAUUGUUUUACAUGGUUAUUGUAUUAAGCAUAAAACUAACAAAUCUGAUUUGGGUGACAUUUAUAGAAUGAAAUAUACUGUACUCCAACUUUCUAUACAGUAUUGUUCAAUAUAAAGCCAGAAAUGUGACUGAAUAUCUGACAUUGUGCUAAUACAGAGCAAAUCCAAACCAUUACAUGGUUGUUAAAAAAAAAAAAAAAAAUUGUUAUCCAUGUGUUUUUUUUAAGGUUAUUUUUCUUGUAUGUAAACCUGAAAAAUCUUUGUGCAUAACAUAAUCUAUUCUGUAAAUAAAAUGAUUUUACAUUA